GCUUUGUGAAAAAUUUGUUUAGCAAAAAUCGACAAAACAACUAAUGAAUCCAUGAGGACCACACCAAUAAUAAAAAAAAAUAAGAAAGGAAUGUAAUAAACCAAGGAAUUAAUUUCUUCUUAAUACUAUUGAAAUAUUAAUUCUAUACCCAAUACAAAGUGCAGCAUAAUAUGUUUUUGAAAACGGAGAUUUUGAAAGCAAUAUCUUUUCGAAAUCCAGUCAAACUACCUUUGUCAUAUUGGUUAUUAGUAGGUUUAAGAUUUGUUUUAACUUUAGUACCACAACAAGGAUAUAUACACCCUGAUGAGUUUUUCCAAAAUAUUGAAGUUAUCGCCGGUGAUGUUCUCACAGUUGAUGUUGCAAGGACCUGGGAGUUUAAUCCUAAAUUCCCUAUUAGAAAUAUAUUUAUACCUAAAAUGUUAUUAGGCCCACCCCUACACUUCAUACGAUUGGCAAAUCCUUAUGUAAAAGAAUAUUUCAAUAUCGAUUUAAAAACUCCUUAUUAUCUGUUAGUUAUUCCAAGACUUUUUAUUUGCUUGCUUUCACUGAUAAAUGAUUACUGCUUAUACAGAAUAUGUGUCCUGUACGGUCAGAACUUUCGAAACAGACUAAAAAUAUUUGCCAGCUCUUAUGUAGUGUUUGUAUACUGUUGUAGAAGUUUCUCAAAUACUUUUGAAAUGGUGUUCUUUUCAAUACUUCUCAUGUUAGUAGCAGAAUGUAUGCUGAAAUCAGAUAAAGUAAUAUACCAUGAUGAAUUUCUAAAAGAAAAAUAUAAAGAAGCUAAAACUGCUGUGGAAAAAGUAAAGCUAUUCAAACUGUCAACUCAUUUACCAGAACAUUCCUUGAACCGGGUGCUAAUUUUAUCAACAUUAGUAGUAGUAGGAAUUUUCAAUCGACCAACAUUUGUCGGUUUUGCAUUCCCUCCAGUGUUUUUUUGGCUUUAUAGGGGCCUAGGAUCUAAAGUGGUAGGCUUUAAAGAUUUUCACUAUAGAAUAUUUGUGCUUAUAGUUUGUGGCAUUCCACCAGUUUUUAUUUUAAUACUAGUUGACUCUAGUUAUUAUGGGUAUUUGACUAUGGCUGAUGUCGAAACAUUAAAAAUAACUUGGGAUAAUUGGGUGGUAACACCCUUGAAUUUUCUAAGAUACAAUUCUGACAUGCGGAACCUAACACAGCACGGGUUACAUCCACGCUGGCUACAUCUUGCUGUCAACAUUCCACUCUUAUUUAACGUGCUGGGCCUUCUCGCAGCCUCCACAUUGUCUGGACAUAUUUAUAGGUUUAUUCGUGGACAAUAUAGCAAGUUGCCGAGAAUCCAAAGCAUAACAGGGCUUAUGAUUUUCUCCCUGAUAACACCAAUCGCCCUGCUGUCUCUAUUCCCUCAUCAGGAGGCUCGGUUCAUCAUACCAGUGCUGGUACCAUUAGUCUACCUCUUUGGAAAUCACCUGCACGUCAAUGAAACCGAUGCCCCGUACCACAGGAAGCUUAAGAUAUUUUUCAGAUACAACUGGUACAUUUUGAACUUUUUACUAACUAUAUUUUUUGGAUUUGUACACCAAGGUGGCAUAUAUCCCUUCGUGAACGACUUGCACAGUGAAAUAAAGGCUACAUACGGUGUACACACGCACGUUAUCACAACUCAUAGUUACAGUAUACCGACUUUCCUGCUGCAGUUGGAAAGCACUACAAAAGUGUGGAAAGACAGAAAAACAGGCCACAAAUAUCGACUCGCGCCAUCCACGUUUCUCUAUAAAUAUGGUUCUAUGCCAACGGAUGAUUUGUUCACAAAAGUAGAUGAAGUUCUAACCGAAGCUGAAAUGAUGCUGCACAAAUAUAAAAAGCAGUACAGAUUUUACGUAGCAUCGCCGUGCUCGUUGGAAAGGCAGAUUCUCGACACCGCCAAAAACUAUUACUAUAUUGAACUGAUGGAGGACUUUUUGUACUACCCUCAUUUUUGCACGGAAGCAUUGCCAUCGUUUCCAAGCUCUCGUGAUCAAUUUUGUAUCGAUAAAAAUCUCAGUAGAAAGAACGAAUCUCAAUCGCUAGAUCUGAACUUUUACCAAAGAAUCUCGUGCUUUUUGAAAAAGUUUUGCCUCAGAAUAUAUAGAGUAAGGCCAGUGAAAACUAAACCGAUUUGAGACUUCAUAAUACGUACUCGCCUUUUGUCAAUUUAAUUUAUAACUAUUAGCCAGUUGCACGAACGUCCAUUAUUUUUUUCAUUAGUUUAAAGCAACAUUACCCAUACAAGUUUGACAUUCAUUAGAGCUUAAAGGCGUCAUUAAAUCUUAAUGGACGUUUGUGCAACUGACCGUAUAAGCAAUAUUUACAACUACUUUAAAAAAUUAUUUGCAGUGUGUGACGUAAAUGACUUAUGAGAACAAAUUACGUACCUGCCACAGCAUCAAAAUUUCUUAACUUUAUGUUCAAUGCAUUCAAGUGAAUACACUUGAUAGAUUUGUAUAACCUGACGUGGUGCUGAUUGUACAUGAUCUUAUAGUACGUAAAUAAUGUUUUCAGUCAAUAAUUGAUGCAACAUUUUUUUAGAAUAUAAGUCAUGCCUAAUAAAAAAAACGAGAUUAUUUUGCAAAGUCGUUUAAAAGGAUGAAGUUGACUUUCAUGUUGUGAUUUUGAUCGGUCCAUUUUUUUAUAUGUAUAUUUAUUAUCUGUUAUUAUUAAUUGUUAAUCUCUCUUUACUUUUUGUUAAAAUCUCCGUUAGAUCUUACAAUUAGCUAUUACCUAAAAUACUCUAUUAAGGAAGUGUUUUUUUUCCUUAUUAUAUUUAGUGAUUAUUUAUACAUAUCAUUUAUUUAUAAUUGUAAUGUUGCUGUUUUUGUUUCUAUCUUUGUGUAAUUAGGAUAUUAUGCUUAGUUAAAAGAACGUCAAAU